ACCAUAUACUGAAGGACUAUAUACUGGUGAAGAACUAUAUACUGAUAAAGUAGUUAGUAAUUAUGAUGAAGUUGGUGAUUAUGAAGUUGGCGACUAUGAUGAAGUUGACAACUAUGAUGAAGUUAGCAAUUAUAAUGAAGUUGUGAUAGCCAUAGUUUUAUGUUCUCAAUUACAAAGACAACCUCCUGAUUCUUUUUGUAACUGUGAGUUAAAAGCAGCAUCAGGAACAAAGAAUGCAUUUGAUCUAAUAUGUUCCCAGAAACAAAAAAAAGCAAGAAUUUCUGAACAUGAUGAUGAGACCAAUUUGUUUUAUUUGGUUGGUCUUGAUAAUAAACAGAUUUCACUUGAGCGUCAAAAAGCUGACACACCAGAUACAUCUGUUGCUCAAUCACAUGAUGCUACUAUACACGAAAAGGUAAUUAAGGCUGGUGGAUCCUUACUUUGUAGUCCUGCUUGGAAAUGGUUUGAAGAAGUAUAUAUUAAUAAUGCUCGACAUGGUGUAUGUAAUAUUGAAAUAGCGAAUGAAAAACCCUGUAAUACAAAAAUAAAGACUGGUGAGUCAACAAUGGCACUAUGA